GUUGACGCUGUGAAGGGGACCAGCCUGGCCCACCCUGGGUCGGCAACAGACAGCAGCAAAUCUUCUUCUGGGAAACCCAAACGAACCCCAAGUCCUCUCCGCAAAGUACGCGCAGAGAUGAACAAGUCACACAACAGCGACCCCAGUUUGAACCAGAUUUCCCGCGGCAGCCCAACGCUGGGAUUCCGACCUCGGAGCUUGACCUUCAGCUUUACAAGUCGAUACCGGUCUCGUCGGCGCCGGAUGUCCUUGGGCUGUCGCAGCUGUGACAAAUCCAGCUCAAUUACACAUUCCACACAGCUGUCCUUCUUGGACUUUGUUGACCUCUUCAAGUCGUUUGGUCUUAGAUGCCGCAAAGACCUCAAAGAUUUGUUUGACCAAAUGUCUUCCACCAAGAAGCCACAUGUGGAAGAGGCAGCUGCUUCUGUGGACAUUCCUAGUCAAGCUCCUACCAGUGAUAACAUAUGUUCAAUCACCAGAAUAACACCUCAAGAUCUCAAAUUGGAAAGCCAGCAAAGGCAUAAGAUCUGUGAUGCCCUGGCAGUGUCCAGUAUUAUCUCCAACUGUGCAGGUGUUGACACCAGUCACAGCUCCUACCUCACACCACUAGAGAUCCACGAUUUCCUAGUCAAUUUCCAGGAGGAACAUUUAGAUCAAGAAGAAAUUGCAGAAUUGGUCCGUAAAUUUGAACCUGAUCCAGCCAUGAGAAGUCGCUGUUUCAUGUCCUUUGAAGGUUUUGCUCGCAUGCUUAUGGACAAGAACAAUUAUGCCCACACUUAUGAGAAAAGUCAUUACCUUGAUGAGGACAUGGACCACCCUCUUCCACAUUACUACAUUGCUUCAUCACAUAACACAUACCUCACAGGCCACCAGCUGAAAGGGGAGUCUUCUAUUGAGCUGUACAGUCAGGUUUUGUUAAUGGGCUGUCGCUGUGUUGAACUUGACUGCUGGGACGGCGAAGAUGGCUCACCUAUUAUCUAUCAUGGUCAUACCCUUACCACAAAAAUCUCCUUCAAGGGUGUAGUCGAAGCCAUCAACAGGAGUGCCUUUGUUACAUCACCUUACCCCAUUAUUUUAUCCAUUGAGAACCACUGUUCGUUGCCCCAGCAGCAGAAGAUGGCGCAAAUUUUUCUGAGUGUCUUUGGGGACAAACUUGUUACUGACUUCCUGUUCGACACAGAUUUUUUAGAUGAUCCACAACUGCCUUCACCAAAUCAACUUAAGUACAAGAUUCUCAUUAAAAACAAGAAACUUAAGGACAACGAAAGUCUUGCUGCUGCUAAAAAG